AGAGGAUGAACAUGCUACCCAGAGGAGACAGAAAGAGAUGCGGGAGAACAUUUGGGUUUGGACGCUAAAAUAUUUUGACAAGAGGAGGAAGAGGGAAUCGUUUCUUCUAAGAAUAGCAGAAAAUCUGUGACGCUGAAGAAAAUGAAAACGAUGAAAAGUCUGUUAUCCCACAGAUAGAAGCAAAAACAAAGAUAAUUCAUUCAGGACAACUCAUCAAUGUCGAUCACUGGCCGUGAACACAAGAGCGCGUUCUUAUAUCCAUCAUGUCUGGACUAAUUUGGACGGAAUUUCACUUGACAUCAAUCUGAAGUGAAUAUAAUCGCAGUGACAGGCUCACAUCUUUCUCCUCCUCCUCCUCCGUUAUCCGCCGGUCACCCACAUGAGCGCGAGACCGCGAGGAUGAGGAGGAGAGCGCGCGCGCGCUCGGAGAUUACCGCGUGAGUGAAGUCAAAGCGGAGAGACCGGAGGGAUUAACCUGCGAAAACUACAAGAAAACAUGAAUUAGAAAGACACGCCGAUGGUAAUGUCGUGUUAAAGAUGGGUGUGUUCGGAGAAUAGACAAAAAGAAAGUGCGCGCUUAACGCCAAAACACCAAUUUGUCUUCUGACCGCGAGCAGAAGACAAAUUACAGGAAAACGUUUACAGAUUAGAUAUUUGCUUUACAAAGUGUGUGACGUGCAGUGUGUCAGGUGUGUUAGGAUGCCAAUCCCAAAUCUUUCCGGGUAAACGGAGAACACUGUUCUGUCGUGUCACUGAAGAACACAGCCCACACACACACACAAGCUGAAGAUCAAAUACAGCAUGGGAACCAACAGAGCCAACAGGUACAGCAUCGUGUCUCCUGAUGAGGAAGGACUGAAGAUCUCCACCCUCGGCCUCCACAACGGCCACGGCUCCAGUCGGCUUCACUCUCCUGGAGGAGAAGAGGGUCCAAGCAUGGCAUCGACAGUGAUGAGGACCGGCUUCAACGGGAAGAUCUCCACAUCUGGCCGCGGCCAGCUGCGGAGCCGCUUCGUUAAGAAGAAUGGCCAGUGCAACGUGGUCUUCGCCAACAUGGACGACAAGCCGCGGCGGUACCUGGCGGACAUCUUCACGACGUGUGUGGACAUCCGCUGGCGGUACCUGCUGAUGAUCUUCUGCUUCACCUUCUUGGUCUCCUGGCUUGUGUUUGGCUUGAUCUUCUAUAGUGUGUCUUUAGUGCAUGGAGACUUCGAUAAAGAUCGCGGAAGUAGUGGAAAGCCAUGGAAACCGUGUUUGCUGCACGUUGAGGGUUUCGUCGGAGCGUUCCUGUUCUCAAUAGAGACCCAAACCACCAUUGGUUACGGCUGGCGCUGCGUGACCGAAGAGUGUCCUGUAGCGAUUGCAACGGUGGUGGUGCAGUCAAUCCUUGGAUGCAUCAUUGACUCUUUCAUGAUUGGCACCAUUAUGGCCAAAAUGGCACGUCCGAAGAAGCGGAACCAAACCUUGCUGUUUUCGCACAACGCAGUGAUUGCAUUGCGUGACGGGAAGCUGUGUUUAAUGUGGCGCGUCGGGAACCUUCGGCGGAGCCACAUUGUUGAAGCCCACGUCCGCGCGCAGCUCAUCCGACCCUAUGUGACGGCGGAGGGCGAGUUUAUCCCGCUGGAACAGACUGAUUUGAACGUGGGCUACGACGAAGGUACAGACCGCCUAUUCCUGGUAUCGCCACUAGUAAUCAUGCACGAAAUCGAUGAGGACUCGCCGCUGUGGGGAAUGAGUCGUGCAGAUCUUGAAUCUGACGAUUUUGAGAUCGUAGUGAUCCUAGAGGGAAUGGUGGAGGCGACAGCCAUGACCACGCAAGCGCGUAGCUCGUACCUUUCCCGCGAGAUCCUAUGGGGUCACCGCUUCGAGCCGGUCAUCUUUGAGGACCGUGACCGCUACCAGGUCGAUUACGCGCACUUCCACAAAACCUACGAGGUUCCCUCGACGCCAGCCUGCAGUGCUAAGGAGCUGAGCGAACUGACUGGGCGCCGUUCAUCCGGGUCAUCCCGCUCCGUGACGCCGGACAGGCGCAGCCGGGCGCCAACGCUCCUCCCGCCGCACUCGCCCAGCGCCUUCUGCUAUGAGAACGAGGUGGCGCUGUGCUGCGGAGAGGAAGAGGAAGAGCGGCCGCGAAACGAGCUGGUGGUCACCCCCACAGACUUCCAGAAAAUGUUUCAGGAUUCGGCCACAAUGACGUCCGGAAACAACAUGCUUUGCGUAUUAGACAUGGACAAUCAGAUUGAGUUUGACAUUCUGCAGACUGCAAUACCACUUGACCCCAUGACUUACAAGAGCGAGUCCGAGAUAUGACGUUCACACAAGUAAAUGCAUUUAUUUAAAUACAUUUAUUUAUAUAUAAAUGUAUAGUUAUAUAAAUAUUUUAAGUAGUUAAAUGUCUUAUGCUUAAGUAAUAAA